AUGGUACGCCAAAUGACAGUGCCACCUCGACAGUCUGCACCAAGGCUGGGUAUCAAACGAAAUACAACUCGGACCUUGGUCACUACGAGUGCUACUACUAUAGCGAGACACUGUUCAAAAACAUUGGACAGAGCAAUUGCGGGAUGA